GUCCAGUAUGCUGUGGAGAAGCACACGCUAGUUCCAGUCCUUGAAGCCGCCUCCCUUCAGCAGUUCUGCUCCAUUUCUCUCGACCUUCGGCUUGGACCUUUCCCUCCCGUGGGUGGACCUACUCGCCAGCAUUUGAUCGUUUUGCUUACUGACGUUCCUGGCGAUAUCUCACGACACAACAAGCUCAGUUGCCUGUUUCACCACUCUGCUUCUCACGCUUCACCUCGUUCAUAGCGCACUCCUGGACCAGCAGAUCGCCUUAGAUACGCAUCGAACCAGCAUACUCCGUCACACCUUCCUAGCUAGACCCGCUGCUUUACGUUCGGCCCUGUCAGGAUUCUGGAAGAAGCAUUCGGAUCUUCCACAAACGUGGCUUGCACAAAAGCAGACUUCUAGUCGCCGUUUCACAGAGUGAGCUAUGGACAGACUGAAGCGUCUUCCCUCGGAAUCACCCCGAUCCCGCCAACGUCUCGUCCCGUCCAGUCCAACUUCAGCCGUUUCCCUGCCGAUCGCCCUGGUCCACCUCAUCCUCCUCCUCUCCCCCCUCUCCAUCAUCCCUCGAGCCGUCGGUGAAGUAACUCCAGCAAGCGUAACUGGCCAGCAAGUCAUGGCCCUCCGCUCACCUUCUGAUUUCCAACCCAAGGCCACCGCCACUGCGAGUCCAUCCAAUUCGACUCCCAAGGCUCCCGUUCCUCCCAUCGCAUCCAUCAAGGCCACUCCCGCCGCCCUCAAGUCCUCAACACUUCCAUCCAAGGCGUCACUUGCCGCUAAAUCCCCAGCAGUCGCUAACUCUCCGGCAGUUGCUAAGACGCCAGCAGUUGCUAAGACGCCAGCAGUUGCUAAGACGCCAGCAGUUGCUAAGUCGCCAGCAGUCGCUAAGACCCCAGCUGUCACCAAGUCCCCAGCUCCUCUAGUAGCUAAGUCUCCAUCCAUUGGCAAGUCGCCACCGCUGCCAACGAAGGCCCCCGCUUCCACGCCUCUCACUCCAAACGCAUCGACACCGGCUAAGGUCCCCGCCAAAAUUCUGGCUACUACGCCGCCCACCACGCCAGCUCCUCCGCAGAAGCCGCUGUCGCUGAAGAAUAUCAGCCCCGCCUUGGCGGAGUGCAUUCCGGGGAAGACGGAGGGGUUGCAGUGCCGCGCGUGCGACCAGCAGAUUUCAGGCGAGGAUAACUGCUACUGCCUGGGUAACCAGUGCAUGACGUUCUGCAAGGUGUCGCGCAGCAUGGCGUGCAAGUCGUGCUACAACUUCGACGGCAGCGGGUGCCUGUGCAACCGGGACGGGCAGUACUGCUCGGUGGCGUGUUACGAGCCUGGUGGUUACCAGCGCAGCUGCAAGCGGUGCAGUGACGCGAAGAACAACCCGUGCCUUUGCGCGGGGAACUUCCUUGGCUGCCAGGAUUUCUGCUUCUUUGCGGCAAAUGCGGGGAAGGCUUGCCGGUGCGCGGAUGGAGCGCUUGGUUGCACCUGCAAGUACAACGUAGCGCAAGCUAGGAGCACAUGCAGUAGAUAAUGACCUUACUUAGGACGUGGGGGGGCUGCAUGAUCACAGCACCCUGUUCCCCUUGGCCAAUGCAAUCAUGAUUUCCAUAUGAGGCAAACCGCUACUUGAACACUGAGGUACAACUGGUAUGAAGUGUAGCUUGUGAUCAACAAAAGUGGAUUCGAGUG